CACAUCCAAGUCUUUAGAAUUCACAACUUAUGGCAGCACAAUCUAUAUAAUCGAAUCGAGAAAUUUAUCUUGCCGCAUAAACGUUUAUCAAUUUUUACGAAUUUUUGAACGUACAGUUUAUCAAUCCCAAUUCCGUUUGGACAUUUAUUAUUAUUGCAAAAUGUCUGGUCGAGACGGAGGUAAGAAAAAGCCCUUAAAAGCACCAAAGAAAGAAUCAAAAGUUUUAGACGAUCAGGACGUAGCUUUCAAGCAAAAGCAAAAGGAGCAACAAAAAGCAUUAGCUGAAGCAGCGAAAAAAGCCAGUCAAAAGGGUCCUCUAGUCACUGGUGGUAUAAAAAAAUCUGGAAAGAAAUGAUCAUCUGUAGUAUAAUGGAUGAAAUACGUGAUUGACUGCACAUAAAUGUCAGAUUAUAACAAUAAUUUUGAACUGAUCCAUUGUUAUACCGAUUUUCUGCGAUAUCUUUUUUUACGAUUCUUAUAUGUCGACAAAUGCUUGAAACUUGUAAAUAAAACAAUGUUAUGAUGUA